AUGACUUUACCUUAUUUAACAGAUGAUUGUAUUUUUUACAUUUUACAACAUCUUAAAAAUAAUCAUUCAACUUUAUUUAAUUGUUUAUUAGUUAAUCGAUUUUGGUGUAAAUCAACGAUUCCUUUACUUUAUGCAAAUCCUUUUAUAAAUAUAACUGAAGAAAAGUACUCGAUAAUCACGACCUUAAUUUUAUGUUUUAAUAAAGAAGAAAUUUUACAAUUGAAAAAUAAACUAGAACUAAACCAAAUUAAUAAUAUUAAUUUGGAUGAAGAAUGCAAACCAUUAUUUGAAUAUCCGAAAUAUUUGGAAAACUAUGAUUAUGUUACAAUAGAUAACGUAAUUGAUAGUUGUCUUGUAAGAUGUUGUUCAGGUUUAUUGAUUCCUUAUAAUAAAGUAUAUGAUAUUAUUCCAAUAUUUCAUCAAUCAAUUUUACGUCAAAGUAAAAACAUCAAACAAUUAGAUAUUUCGACAUAUUUAUUUUAUGGAGAAGCGUUUAAAAAUUUCAAUGUUAAAAAUUUCACAUCAAAUUUAACAAAAUUAAAUUCGUUAUCAUUAAAUUUAAAUGGCACAACUAGUAAUAAUAAAAUUGAACAAGAAUUUUUAAGUAAUAUGGCGAAUAAUUUGCGAGAAUUAAUAAUUAAUCUUUAUAAAAAUUUUGUCGAUAUUACUACUUUUGAAAAGAUUUGUACAAUUAUUCAAGAGCAAAACAAACUUAAAAAAUUUAAGAUAUUGGAUUGUCAUUCUUUAUUAAAUAAUAUUCUUUUGUCUUUAGAAUUUCAAAAGAAUUCUUUAGUUAAUAUUGAAUUCACAAAUUCUAACUUUAGUAAUGCUAGUUUAAAAAGUUUUAAUAAUUUAUAUAAUUUGAAGUAUUUAAGAUUUGAUAAUUGUGAAGGUAUAUCAUUAGAUCAAUGUGAGAUUUUAAAAUUUGCUCAAUUUAAGCUCAAGGAAUUAUCAUUUGUACGCAUUAGUUGGGAUGCUAAUGUCACAUCAUUAAUGAUCAAAUAUUUAGGUGCAUCAUUACAAAGAUUAUUAAUUAGAAAUCCGACAAUUCUUUCUAUUGAAAAUAUAUCAAUGUAUUGUUCAAAUCUUAUUUUUUUAGAAAUAAGAACUUAUUUAAGUUUUAAUCGUUUAGUGUUACCAUUUUUUAGAAAUUUAAGAACAAGAAUAUUAAAUUUUUAUAUUUUUACAUAUGAUGCUGAAUUUUUUAUAAAUUUAUCAAAUAAUAUACCUAUUAAUAUUAGUAAAAUUUCUAUUUAUUAUUACUAUAAUCGUGAUAAGAAUUUCCAAUUCAAGGAAUUUUUAAAAAAUUGUCAUAAUAAGUUUGAAAUAAUUAGUUUGAAUAACGUUAUUAAGUUAGACUUUCUUAAAGUUGUUUUAAAUUAUAUUGAAAGAAGUAACAAUAGUUUAAAAAUUCUUGGUUUGAUUAAUUUGAAUAGACAAUGGGAUGAUGAGGAAUCAAUGUUAUUGAAUAGUAUUAAAGCUAAAGGGGUUAAAAUAACGGAAUUUGAUAAUAUACAUGGUGUUUAUGAAGGCAUAUAAUAUUAGUAUUAUUGUAGAGUUUAUAGGUUAAUAUUUAACUUUAG